AUGUCACAAUUGAAAAAUAGACUACGUGAUGUAGCUGAGAUUCAGGCUCGCAUAUUUAAUCGAACACUAAACCCAACAAAUAAAAGGACAGGUGCUAAAUUCUUAUCAAGAAAUCUCCGGGGUCCUUCACUAAUAAACUAUUAUGGUAAUCCAGACUUCAUCAAAUUUAAACAAGUUAAAGCCAUUUUCCCUAAUAUUAAAUUGAUCGAUCCUGAAGAAUAUUAUAGAGUUUCUAGAGUGGAAUUCAAGAAAUCUCGUGGUAAAGGUGCUCCAAAGAAAUUAAAGGAAGCAAAAGCUACAACUAAAAGAAAGAAGUAA